GACCGUAAUCACACUCUGUACAUUCAUCUCUAUCAAAAACAUGCACAGAUGUAAGCACCAGAAUCUCUCUAUCAAGCUAAAUGGGGUCCACUUUCCUCACCACCUAACAAGCCCUUAUUUACUCUCUCUCUCUCUCUCUCUCUCUCUCUCUCCAACAAAUGGUUUCUGGCUUCUUACUCCAAUGUGAAAAACAUUUCAUCAUCUCCAUGAACCGCCUACUCUUCUUCUCCCUUCUCUCCACCUUUCCCUCUGUCUCUUUCUCUUUCUCUCCAUUUUCUGUCUUCUUCUUCUUAUUCUUUACUCUUACUCUUUCAAGAUCCGCUUUCUUUUUCUCUUCCUUUAUAGACAAAGAAACUCACUUUCUCUCCUCUAUAUAGUAGCUCAGCUGUAUACAAUCAUCAAAAUUCCGACAUGACCAAACUUGUUGUUGAAGUUCAUGAUGCGAGUGAUCUAAUGCCCAAAGAUGGGCAAGGCUCGGCUAGUCCUUUUGUUGAAGUAAAUUUCGAUGAUCAGAUACAGAGAACUCAGACAAAGCAGAAAGAUCUCAAUCCUUACUGGAAUGAGAAGCUAGUUUUCAAUAUCAAUGAUCCAAAACAUCUUCCACACAAGACCAUCGAUGUCGUAGUUCGCAACGAUCGAAAAGGUGGUCACCAUAACUUCCUCGGACGUGUCAGCAUCUAUGGCGUCUCUGUUCCUUUUUCGGAAUCCGAAGCAAGUGUUCAAAGAUACCCUCUUGAUAAAAGAGGUCUCUUUUCUCAAGUCAAAGGAGAUAUAGCUCUCAGAAUCUACGCACUUCACGGUAAUGAUUCUUAUCCUUCUCAAAUUCCACAGCAACAACCAGCAGCAGCUGAAGAAAGUAAAAGCAAAACCACCACCGUAGAGACUCCUCUUCAAGAAAUCCCAACAAACACCAUUAUUGAUGAGGAGCUACCGAGCAUGCCUGUUGACAAGAAGUUGAAGAAAAAGAAGGAGAAGGAAGUGAGAACUUUUCACUCCGUUGGAGCUGCCGGACACGGCCACGGCCACGGCGGCGGCGGCGGCGGAGGGGGUGGCGGUGGCGGUGCUCCUCCACCAGCGGUGUCGGCGGGGUUCGAAUUCAUGAAGGAAAAAGCACCAACAGUUGAAACAAGGACGGAUUUUGCCCGUGCGGCCGGACCGGGUCCGGCCACCGUAUCGCAAAUGCAGUUUCAGAAGACCAACCCGGAAUUCGGGUUGGUGGAGACCAGUCCGAGAGUGGCGGCUCGAAUGCGGUACCGGGGAGGCGACAAGACGUCAACAACUUAUGAUCUGGUGGAGCAGAUGCAUUUCUUGUUUGUGAGUGUUGUGAAAGCAAGAGAUCUUCCUGUUAUGGAUGUUUCAGGGAGUCUUGAUCCUUACGUGGAAGUGAAGCUUGGGAACUACAAAGGGGUUACAAAACACUUGGAGAAGAAUCAGAACCCGGUAUGGAAGCAGAUUUUCGCCUUCUCGAAAGAGAAACUGCAGAGCAACCUGCUGGAAGUUAUAGUGAAAGAUAAGGAUAUUGGGAAGGAUGAUUUCGUUGGGAGAGUUUUCUUUGAUCUCACUGAAGUCCCACUUAGAUUGCCGCCUGAUAGUCCCUUAGCUCCUCAAUGGUAUAAAUUGGAAGACAAGCACGGGAACAAGUUCAAAGGGGAGAUUAUGCUUGCUGUUUGGAUGGGAACUCAGGCUGAUGAAUCAUUCCCUGAAGCUUGGCAUUCUGAUGCUCACAACAUUAGCCAUGUCAACCUUACUAAUACUCGAUCCAAAGUGUAUUUUUCUCCUAAACUUUACUACCUUAGAGUUCUUGUUAUUGAGGCUCAAGAUCUUGUGCCUUCGGAAAAAGGCCGUGGUCCGGAUGCAUAUGUUAGGGUUCAACUUGGGAAUCAGCUCAGGCCCACUAGGCCUUCACAAAUGAGGGUCAACAACCCUGUUUGGAACGAAGAGCUUAUGUUUGUGGCUUCGGAGCCUUUUGAGGAUUUCGUCGUUGUUACUGUUGAGGACAGAAUUGGACCUGGAAAAGAUGAGAUUCUGGGGAGGGUGUUUAUCUCACUUAGAGAAAUUCCACAGAGAGUUGAGUCUAAGUUCCCAGAUACUCGGUGGUAUAACCUCCAUAGGCCAUCUCUGGCGGCCAAGGAUGAAACGGAGAAGACGAAGGAGAAGUUUUCGAGUAAGAUCCAUCUUCGUCUCAGCUUAGACUCUGGUUAUCAUGUUCUUGAUGAGUCCACCCAUUUUAGUAGUGAUUUGCAACCUUCUUCCAAGCACCUGAGGAAGAGAAAUAUUGGGAUUCUUGAGCUCGGGAUUUUGAGUGCCAAGAAUUUGCUGCCAUUGAAGAGCAAAGAUGGAAGGUUAACUGAUGCAUACUGUGUGGCUAAGUAUGGGAAUAAAUGGAUUCGAACUCGAACACUACUAGACACUCUGACUCCUAAAUGGAAUGAGCAGUAUACUUGGGAAGUUUAUGAUCCUUGUACUGUAAUCACCAUUGGAGUUUUCGACAAUUGUCAUAUCAAUGGCAAAGAUGAUGCAAGGGACCAGAGGAUUGGGAAGGUGAGAAUUCGGCUAUCGACGUUAGAGACUAAUCGAAUCUAUACCCAUUACUAUCCCCUUCUAGUUCUUACACCCUCUGGUUUGAAGAAGCAUGGAGAACUUCAUUUGGCAGUCAGGUUCACUUGCACAGCAUGGGUUAACAUGAUGGCCCAGUAUGGAAGGCCGCCGCUUCCGAAGAUGCAUUAUAUCCAUCCGAUAUCGGUAAGGCAUAUCGAUUGGCUCCGGCACCAGGCAAUGCAGAUUGUGGCGGCAAGGCUGACACGAGCAGAGCCACCGCUGAGGCGGGAGAUCGUGGAGUACAUGUUGGAUGUGGAUUACCAUAUGUGGAGUUUGAGAAGAAGCAAAGCCAACUUUAAUCGAAUAAUGUCUCUUAUAUCUGGUGUUGCGGCUGUCUGUAGAUGGUUUGACGAUAUUUGCCACUGGAGAAACCCCAUCACAACAUGCCUUGUUCAUAUCCUGUUCUUGAUUCUUGUUUGCUACCCUGAAUUGAUAUUGUCCACAAUAUUUCUCUACCUCUUUGUGAUAGGCAUAUGGAACUACCGGUUCAGGCCUAGGCAUCCACCCCACAUGGAUGCUCGGCUUUCACAUGCUGAGUUUGCUCACCCUGAUGAACUCGAUGAGGAAUUCGACACGUUUCCUACCAGUCGAUCUGCAGAUAUUGUGAGGAUGAGGUAUGACAGGCUGCGGAGUGUAGGGGGUAGGGUUCAAACCGUGGUCGGAGAUUUAGCAUCCCAAGGUGAAAGAGCUCAAGCCUUACUUAGCUGGCGGGAUCCAAGAGGCACAGCUAUCUUCAUCAUCUUCUCGUUGAUCUGGGCCGUUUUCAUUUACGUUACUCCAUUUCAAGUGGUGGCGGUGCUGGUUGGACUCUACAUGCUGCGACAUCCCCGUUUCAGGAGCAGGAUGCCUUCUGUGCCUGUUAAUUUCUUCAAGAGGCUGCCAGCAAAGUCAGAUAUGCUUCUAUGAAAUGGAAGAAGAUAUUUUCAGUUUCUCAACUUUCUAGUUCAGAGGGAGGGGAAAACUUUUAUCCCCAUCUACGCAAUUCUUAUGAACAAACAGAUAUUAUGGUAAAUAAAAUGCGUCAAUAUUUUAUUACAGCAGCAUGAGGUGUUGCUUAUGCUGCUAGCUCUACCCAAGAAGAAUCUCAACUUUUAGAAAGUGUGUAUAUCCUUGUAUUGAUUCUUAUUUAUAAAUAAAACAAGCAAUAGUUUUUUCUUUUU